GCCGUUUCCACGUUUUCUGUCUCUAUUUCCUCUCACAGUGCGCACGCGGCUCUCCUACGGGAAUCAUGGCGGUUUAGCGGAGCGCAGCGGCAAAAUUCGCAGCGGCAAAUCCGGCAGUGCAGCGGUCUGUGCACUCUGGCAAUAUUCGGCAAAAUGGCGUCUCUUGUGGCAAUCACCCACAGCUCUGCUGCUAUAGACAGCAUAACAUCACCGUUCAUCAUCAGCCCAUUAAAACUUCAGUACGAUUUCCAACCCACGCGCAGCCAUGUCUAUGAUGUCCCCGAUGUGUCUAGAGGAGGUGGGGGCCCUGCUCCUGGGGCCCUCGUCUCUGAUGGCUGACCCCUUCGGGCCCCUUCUGGACGAAGAUGAGGAGAGCGUUCUGUCCGAGGGGAUGUCGUCGCCCCUCUCUUCUUCUUAUUCUGAAUCUUCCUCCUCUCUCUCGCCCCUCUCUCCCUCUCUUUGUGCUUCUGUAGGGUGUAAGUCAGAGCUGUCGUCGCUCUCGUGGCUUCCUGCAUCUGAGCCGGAGCAGAGUAAAGAUCCAUUUUCUAGCAUGGAUUGGAUGACGGAGAAAAUAGACCUGGGUGACUUUGACCUGGAUUCUCUCAUUGGGUCGUGUGAUUCUGAUGAGCCUCCCAGUUCUCCAGAAGAUCUCCUGGCUUGUCUGGAGGCCGAUAUGGAACUGGACCUUCAUUCCAUGGCCUUCAGCUCAUCAGACCUGGACCUUCCGUUGCCUCCAAUUCCCCUUGAUCUUGGCCUUUCAGAACCUGCAGCUGACCCAGAAAAAACGCUUGAAUCUGUGGAGAUCAAAUCAGAGCCUCCUUCUCCGGCACCAUCUCCUGAUUCUGGCCUCUCCUCACCCAACACACUGGACCUGGGCAGUGAGAUUGACGUGUCUGAGCUGGUAAAGUCAUCCACGGUGCUUCAGUCUCCUGGAAUCAUGCUGAAUCUGAGUCCAUCUCACAUUGUAGUGGUUCUGACACCCAAAGAGGAAACGAGAGUCGACUCCCUCGGUUACAACGGCGAUUCAUCAGACAGCGACAGCGGUGUUUCUGUUUCCGGUUCUCCAGCUCAUUGCCCGGAUCCCGUGUCGUCACCCAAGCCAGUGGGAUCCUCCAGAACCAAACCCUAUUCUAGAUCCGAAGCAGCACCCGCCGUUUCGAGUCGGGUGAAGACCGGCGCUCCUAAAGUUGUGGAGAAGAAACUGAAGAAGAUGGAGCAGAACAAAACCGCAGCGACGCGGUACCGUCAAAAGAAGCGGGCCGAGCAGGAGGUCCUGACCGCCGAGUGUACCGAUCUGGAGAGGAGAAACCAAGAUCUCCGAGAGAAAGCCGAUUCCAUCAGCCGAGAGAUCCAGUAUCUGAAGAACCUCAUGGAGGAAGUUCGCUCUGCAAAACACCGCAAAGCUAAAGUCAGCUCAGCCUAAGAUGGGCCGGAUAAGACCUGAAGCUCUUUGUAGGUUUGAACGCUGCUGCUGUGAUUCUUCUGGUGUUUGUCAGAUAAACUUGAAGUUUUCCUGCACUAAAUUCAUUCUUUCAUUAUUACUCGAAUCAUUUAAUGUCCAGAAAGGGUCCUCAUGAGUUGUUACACUGAACCGUUGCUGUAGUGCUUGUACAAAUGCUGCUUUGUGCUCUUUCGCUCUAUUUAAAACUGAAUAAACGUGCUUACAUCUCUCCCGAUAAAGUGUGUUGCCUUGUAAAAUUGCAUUGCUUUUUUGCUAUUAAAGAUGCUUCGGUUGAAAA